AUGUUUGUAAUUGAUCCUAAUAAUCUCUAUUGUGAUAAUGGUGAACUAUCUUAUCCAAAGACUCUGUCUUGGAAUGAGAGUAGCACAAAUUGCUGCUCAUGGGAUGGAGUCACAUGCGAUGAUCUUACCGGCGAUGUCAUCGGUAUUGAUCUCAGUUGUAGCCAACUUUCUGGAACCUUCCAUCCAAACACUACUCUCUUCCAGCUUCCCUUAACAAAUCUAAGCCUUUCAUUCAACAACUUUCAACAAUCUCACAUACCAUCUUCUAUUGGCAUGUUGGCACCCACCCUCACACAUCUUAACAUUUCCUAUUCCAAUUUCGCAGGUCCAAUCCCAUCGGAGAUCGCCCUCCUCUCUAAAUUGAUUCUCCUUCAUCUUUCCGAAAGUUUAAGACUCGAACAUCAUGACUUUCAGUACAUCAUUAGUAACCUGACACAAUUGGAAAUUCUACAUCUCCGUUAUAUAAACAUGCCUUCUUCCUUUAUUCCAGAUUCCAUAGUGAAUCUAACUUCCUUGACAUCUCUCAUUUUCAUAGAGAAUGAGUUGUAUGGACAAGUGCCUGAUGGUGUUUUCAAUCUACCAGCCUUACAAACUCUCUUCAUAUGGAACAACUAUGGACUCAAGGGAAGCUUCCACAAUGUGAACUGGAAUAUUAGUGGGACUCCUCCACCUCUUGAGGACCUAUACCUUAAUUCCAUAAGUUUAUCUGGUGGUUUACCUGAUUCAAUUGGUCAUCUUCGCUCAUUAAACUACUUAUCAAUAGAAAAUUGCAAUCUUUCAGGAUCACUUCCGGACUCAAUUGGAAACCUUUCCCAACUUAUUAGUUUGUCAUUUAAUUCCAACAAUUUUACUGGUCUCAUCCCUCAUUCUCUUUCAAAUCUUAAUGAAAUCAAAUAUUUGUAUCUAUCCAAAAAUCAAUUUGAAGGCUCAAUUCCUGUUGGUCUAUUUGGGCUUCCAAAUUUAGUUGGCCUAUGGCUAGACAACAACAUGCAUUUCGGUGCACUGUCAUCUAUCUUCUUUAACAACCAUUCGAUGUUGUCCUUUCUUAACAUUUCAACAAAUCAUUUAUCUGGCCCAAUUCCGCAAUCCAUAUCAAAUUUGACAAACCUUCGUAUACUCGAUCUAUCUUCUAAUAAAUUUGAUGGCACAUUGUACCUUGAUACCUUUUCAAACAAAAAAGUUCCAUUCAAUAUUAAUUUGAGGAAUAAUGGAAACUUGUCUGUGGUAGACGCGGAUGGCAAUUUCUCUACCACUAUUUCACUGGAUUUGUCUUCAUGUAAAUUAAAAAACUUUCCUAUUAAGUUUUUUACAACAUCAAGAAAGCUUAAACUACUUGACAUUUCCAACACUGGGGUUAGUGACCAAAUACCUGAAUGGAUUGGAGAAAGGAGCAACAUGUUAAUAUUUGGUGCAUCCAAUAAUAAGAUAAAGGGAGAGAUCCCUCCUUCUAUAUGUAACAUGAACUCACUCGAGCUACUAGAUUUGUCCCAAAAUGAGCUUGAAGGUCCGAUUCAUCCAUGUUUCGCGAAUUUCAGCACGUCACUUUCAGUACUAGACCUUCGAAAUAAUAAUUUUAGCGGCGGAAUUCCAGCAACAUGUGCAGAGAACAACAUGCUUACAAUACUUUCUUUGAAUGGGAAUCAAUUACAAGGACCAAUACCAGAAUCACUUUCACUCUGUAAUAACUUACAAGUUGUAGACGUUGGAAACAAUAUGAUAAAUGGAACAUUUCCGAUUUGGGUGGAUGCUCUUCCAAGGUUAGAAGUCCUUGUGUUGAGGUCUAAUAAAUUUCAUGGCUUCUUAAACAUUUCAAUGACUCCAUCUCCUUUUCCUGAAUUACGCAUUUUCGACAUAUCCCAUAAUGAGUUCACUGGACACUUGCCAUCAUAUUAUUGUAACAAUUUAUUUUUCUAA